UGGUGUUGUGUCUGUAUUAGAACGGCGCAUGCGUAGUUCAGAGCCACGCGGUCGUCUGCACCGCGGAUGAGUUGUCGAGGGCAGAUGUCCUCUGCUUCACAUUUCUUCUGCUAAUAGCCGGUGUAAACUUCAAACCGCGUUGUCGAAGCAGGAGAGUUCGCUUCAAUAAUUUAUUUCUUCAAGUCUGGUUUCUGUAAUUUUGAGAAGUUAUCUGACGUAAUUUAUCGUGUGUCUUGUGUUCGUUGACGCGGCAACCGUCGAAUGUGUGAUCGGAGUUAACAUUGGCCUCUUGAUGGAGUGGUAAUGCAGAAUGAAAGUGCUACUUCCCGUUGCGACAGCGACAUGGAGGCUUCCCCGAAGAGGGAGCAGGAGCGUAGUAGAAGCCAUCACGCUGGGUUCGGACGGGGACCCGGAGGCGCUGUUCGUAGGAGAGGUACCCCCAUACCUGUGUUACCACCCAGGGUACCUACCCCUGUGCCGUCAUCCGACUCAAGAGGCAGUCCAUCGGCAUAUGUGGAGCCCGAACCACCACCGCCGCCUCCGCCUUCAACUCAGCAGCGUGAUAUCGCACAUGUAGCGACGCGGUACCUGGAGGACAAUGUGAAGGCGUGGAUCAACCCCAGGAUAUAUGCAAAGCUUGAUCAUGAGGCAAUUACUUCACCUGACUAUGUCUACAAGCCACGGACAUCACACAGUCACCAUUAUCACCAGCAAAAGUACAACAAACAUCACCACCCACCAAAAGCAAACAGAACGUCGAAUCAGCAUUCGACCGAUACCCCGCAUUCAUCGGACUCGUCUUCACCCACUACUGCGUCAGUCAACAAUACCAAGAAGAACACUACAAUACGUUACCUUGGCAACGGCGAAACAGAAGGAGAAGCGGGAGGGAAAUAUGAGGAGUUGCAUCGAUCUUCCACUACUAGUACCACAGCGCUACUGUCGUCAUCGAAUGGUACCGGCCAUCAGCAUGUCUGUCUCGCUCCUGAAACACACCAGUCAGCAGCAGGGGCAGGGCAAACCAGUGGUUCGCGGUCAGCCACACGGAAUGGUUGCUGUAACCUAAACACUGCCAUCGCAGGUGCUACAGACGGUAACAGCGAAGUGAUAAAACAUCAUCAGAGUCACGAAACAGCGGUGACAGGCGUCUCAAAGAACGCCUGUCUCACAGCCAUGAACGGAGGCGCGGAAUAUUCUAGUGACAGACAUAACCAUAAGCAUUUGAAGACUCACGUGGUCACGUCAAAUGGCAAACUGACAGAUACUUCGCGGAUUCCACACCAGACGACUGUCGUAUACAACGGAAAACAGUCUUCAACUAUGCUCACAUCUGCAUUUCACUCACAGCAAAGAUUAACAGCUAAAAAUUUGGUUGGUGAUACACCGAUGAUCUCUAACGGUGGUUUAAAUGUAAUUGCUAAUAAGAUAUCGUCAAAAGGACCUUCAAAUUCGGUCACGUUACAAUCAUUUCAGUCUCAGAAGUCGUGUGUAGCGAAUGGGACAGUGAACUCCGGUUCUGAUCUGAGUGGGUACGGAAGACUCCAGUCGCCCGCUCUCCUCUCGAAGCAGUGUCCAAGAAUUAAUCAUUACAGCGGAAGUUCUUCAGUUGUUGACUUCCUUUAUGGCGGCUUAGAUACUCGUUCGGCGGGAACUUCGUCACCGACCCUGCUUUUUGGUCCCUCGGUUGGAACAGGAGCUCCUGGCACCAGUCACUACUCUGAGUCCAAAUAUGCGUACUCAGUCAGCGGAGUUCCAGGUACUCCAGCCCAGUCGUCUGCCGCUGCUGCAUUCUUCGCAAG